AUGUCAAUUAUCAAUGAUUCCAUUGAGAAGAUUAGGGAUAAUGUUUCCUUUUGGGUUGGAACACCUAAGAGGGAAGAAAAAUUUAUUGAGGCUUGUGAACAAUUGGAAAUUCCUUAUUCAAAGAAACUUAGGAUGGAUUGUAGAACUAGAUGGAAUUCAACUUAUUUAAUGCUUGUUUCUGCAUUGCCAUAUCUUGAAGUUUUCAAGCGUUUGACUCAACGAGAGCCUCAAUAUAAGUCAUUGCCAAGUGAUGAUGAUUGGAAAAUGGCAACCGAGAUUUGUGAGAAGUUGGAAAUCUUUUAUGAAGUUAUUGAGUUAUUUUCGGGUAUGACUGACAGUAUGAUUCCCAAGUUUGAGAAGUAUUGGGGCAUGAUCAAUGGGGUGAUGGCAAUAGGGGUUAUUUUGGACCCUAGGUUGAAAAUGAAGUUGCUAAAUUAUUUUUUCCCUCUCAUGUAUGGAAAUGAAAGCACAAAUCAAUUGAAUAAGGUGACAAAAUUAUUAGAAGAUUUGGUUUCUGAAUAUCAAUCUAGGGAAAAGAGGACUACUUCUAUUUCCACUUCAUCUUCAAUAGUGCCUAGUUUGGAUAAUAAUGGUGGAAAGGUUGAUUGGAGUUCUGACUUUUUAAAAUAUGUUCAAGAAACUUCUUCUGGUGAUUGUGUUAAAUUUGAAUUGGAUUUAUACUUGGAGGAGUCUGUAUUGUUUAAUAAAUCAAAUAUUAGUAACUUUGACAUUUUGGGAUAUUGGAAAAACAUUGAAGUCAAGUAUCCUACUUUGCAAAGGAUUGCUAAAGACUUUCUAGCUAUUCCAAUCUCAACGGUUGCUUCAGAGUCUGCAUUUAGCAUUGGUGGACAAUUUCUGACUCCACAUCGUAGCAAAUUAAAUGAAGACACUGUUGAGGCAUUGAUAUCCAAUGAUGAGUCCUGUGAAAGUAGUGAUACCAAGGACCUGGAUGUUGACUUUGAGCAACUAAUAAAUUAA